AAACCAUUCAAGUUUAUCGUUUUAUUGAGUCCAGCCUUUAGAAAAGAAGCUGGAUAAACUCCCGUUAUAAAACUGAAUUACAAUGUGACACAUUCAAUUGUGCACGGCUGGGCACUAGGGAGACAUAACUUAAUAUUUUUAAGGCACUUUUGCGGGCAGCUAUGAGAUGCAUUCGUUUUAAUCACCAGGGUUAACCGUAAAACACUGCUGGAUUCAAAAUUGAACAGGGUAUUAAACGCGCUAAUAUAACCGUGGUAUUUCUUUUAUCCUGAUUAAAUGUAGGUGGACAAUGUAUUGUUUGAGUAUUUUAAAAAGUCUUCUUUAUGACCGUGCUCAGAGGUUUUUUUUUGUUUUACUGUAAGCUCCACCGCCAUUGUGCUUUGAACAUACGCACACACACGCGCGCACCAUAGGACCCAAGACAACAUGAGACUAAAUUAUAUUUUGUUUUUGUAAUUGUGAGUGGGGAGGCUCUUCUUUAGCUUUUAGACAAUAUUAGUCCAGUCGUUUUCUGUGCAGCAUAGACUGCAGAGAUGAAGGCCAAGAAGAAGAAGAGACAGGAUGACUUCCAGAAGGUCAAGUUAAAGGUGGGAAAGAAGAAGCCCAGAGCUGUUAAUGCCACCGACACCACCUUCCGCACAAAGGGGAUCCAUUUACCUGAACAGUUGAAGAGAGAUACAGGUGGUCCCACCACACACAGACAGCUUGGUAUCAAUGACCUCUUGUCUCAGCUCCACCAUUACAAUGCCAAUGUGAAACAUGGUGCCUUGUUGGGUUUGAGACAGUUGCUGUCCCUUAAUCCAUCUCUGUUAGAACAGCAUCUGUCCCGUCUGCUUUCUGAAGUGGCAGCUGUUUUCACAGACAAGGAUGGCAGUGUUCGUGUGGCAGCUACACGUGUCCUCAGGUUCAUUGCACAGUCUGUGCUUGCAGAACGAGUUGCCCCAUUUUUCCCUCUCCUCAGUGCCCACCUGUCAUGUGCCAUGACCCACAUUGAGGCAGGCAUCCACGAGGACGCAAUGAACAUCCUUGAUGUGCUGCUAGAACACUACCCUGCUCUGCUAGCAGCACGACCUGCAGUACUCCUCACUAAUUUCCUAGAGUUGAUCUCUCACAGACAAAGCAGCGGAGGAACCAAAAAGGCCCAGGAUGCCAAGGGUCGAACCUGGGCUCUGUUGAUUAAUCCUAACAGGGCUAUGACUAGCCAACAGUGGCGACUCUCUGUGCUUCUCAGGCUUGGGCGUUUUCUGCAGGCAGUAGUUGAGGAAAGACCAGUGCAGGAAGGUGACAUGUCUGUCCCAAAUGAAGGAGUGUUUGGUUCCAGUGGAGAGGGCCAGGUUACACCUCUGUAUCUCAACUGGGAAGAGCUCACCUACAGCAACAGUGGAGUUCAGGUGUUUGAGCAUUCUGGGGCCAAACCAACUCCACGUUCUGCCUUUAGGCUCAGACCUGAGGUGGAUCCUGCAGCUGCAGUAGGUGAGGGAUUAGACUCAGCUGAGGCUGUUCAGAGCUUUGCAGCUACACUGGUGCCUCUUCUGCUUGAAGUGUGGGUUGAGGCCAGCACUAGUGACAGUCCCUGGAACAGUACUGAGGGCGCUCACUUGCUUACCCCAGAUGCCAUGUCAGUUAUGUUCCAGGUGUUGUCUAUUUUGCAGCUGCUUAGAAAACUGGCGCCACAACAGGAACACCAGGAUGCAUUGGAUGCAUGGUUUCGUAAAGAAUACCUAGGAGAUUUUAAGCAACACUUCAUGAAAAACUUUCCUUAUGGUUCUCGAGACACAACCAAACAUAAAAAGAAGGUUGAUCUCAAAAGGAGUAAACAGACUGCAGCUGUGCCAGGUCUGACUGUGGAGCCUCUGGCCCUAAACAUUACACUUUGCCAGGUCAUGGUGUCCCUCAGCCAGAGACAGGGGCUCAGCCGAGAGACCGAUGGAGACUGGCUGACACCACUGAGGACAUUUGUCCGAGACACUCUGGGCAGCGGAGUGAAACUGAGCUACAGGCAGCUGCACAUGCUGCUGGGUACUGUGUGGAAGAUGGUGCUUACACAGAGGAGCAAAACAGUGACAGAGGAUCUGUUGGCAGCAGUGUAUGUCUACUAUAAGCAGAGGCACCUGACUCUACAGACACGAUCUCUGCUACUGUCUUUCUACAGCAAACUCUACCUGCAGGAACAAGGACACACACAUAUAGCCAGGAGUAAGGUGCUGUGUCGGUGGCUGGCAUCUCUUCCUGUGCAGUUGUCCCAGCUGGGCCACCGUAACCCUGCUCUCUCUGAGCGACUUAUUGUUUCCAUCCAGGCUGCUGCUUCUCGAGGGAACAAGGACCUGCUCAACAGUUUGCAGACACAUGCCUGCAGGCUCUACGAUCCACAGGAAGGGGUUGUGGUGCUGUUACCAGCAGAGUCCCAGCAACGAAUGGUACAGCUGCUUUACUUCCUACCCAAGAUGCCCCAAUCUCUUCUGGCCAACCUGAGCGGCUGCUGCACCGCUGGGCGAAUCUCUGCUGGCCUUGCUGCCUCUCUGAUUCGUAUCAUACACCUCAGGUCAUCUCUGAGUGGAUGGUCUGUUGGGAACCAGGAAGCAGCUCUGCAGGAUGUGGACUACAUCAGCUUCCUGUUCUCCACUCUUGCAGGUUUCUCAUCCGAAAAGCUUGCCUCCCUGCAGGAGGCUGGUGAUGGGACUGCCCUGCCUUCCUCCCCUCUCUCACCCCUAAGCCUCUACCCCACCAUACUGGAGCAGUUCACCCACCACUGGGACAUUGUUGAGGAAGUGUGUCACUGUCUGGAAACUCUGGGUUCAAAGUCAUAUUGCUUUGACAUCCUGCAAAAUGGCAUCUGCAAAUACCUGACUAAACUGGGGGUGGUUCCUGACAGUAUGGCAUCCGGGCUGCUCAGAGCAGUGUCCAGAUUUUUGGACCUUUCUGUCCUGCCCAUUGAGCCUGUACUGCGCUUCUUGUCUCAGUGCUGCCUCAGCCUGCUGGCUCUGCUCGUCAUCCUCCAGCAGGAAGCACCUGCUGAAACCAACCACAAAAGGGAGGCAAUUUGGGGCGCUUGUGUGACGGCGUUGAGCACCGUUCCCCGCCUGCUGCGGAUGGUCCUGCAGCUGUUGCGUGUUGGAGAUCUGAGUGAGGAGGAACUGCCGCAGCUCGGACAAGUCCUGUCGAUGCUGCUGCAACACACGCCGAUCCACAACCAGCUGCUGGCCAACGCCACUUUGCUACAAGAGAUCAUGCAACACCUGACGAGGUACUCCAGAGGAGCGACCAGGGAACAGUGGCUGACAGACCUGCUCUACUAUUACAGCAUCACUGUGGCUCACAGCUCUUCCACUCACCGUGGAAAUCUGGGUCUUAGAGGCAUGUACUGACCGAUGCACUCAUCAGACAAGUACCUCGUAUGUUGCUCAGUUCAUCACGUCAAAACAUCUUUCAGUCACUUUCACAAACAAACCACUUAUGACAAGACUUUCAGACAGCAGAGGUGUGUUUUUUAGUGUGAGUGAUAACAGAUACUCUAGUGUUGUUUUUAAGAACUUCUCAGUACAAAGAGCUUAUUCAAUGUUUCUCAAGCCUCUUCUUUAACUGUUUUCCUUUUGCCUCUUCAUGGUAUCAAUGCUGAAUGUUGUCUAGUGCUUACUGACUUACCUGGUGACUUUUAAUAAAAAAUAAAAAAAAAACAAAGGGGAAAAAAAAAACAAUAAAGUUAAAUCAAAG